UGUCUGUCACGGCGAGGCUGCGUCCAAUCCUCCACUUUGGAUUUAAUUGUCUUUAGCCAAGGGGCGGGCCCUCCUGUCAGCUCCACUUCUUGUGACCCGUGUCGGCAUAAAGGCAUUCAGUACAGAGGAAUGGUGACAGCUGAGAGAGAGGAACUCUAUACAUAGUCGCAGCCAUGAAGGAAAUCAUGGCACAAAAAGAGAAGCUCCAAUGCUUGAAGGACUUUCACAAGGACACCCUGAAACCUUCCCCAGGGAAGAGCCCAGGCACACGGCCCGAAGACGAGGCUGAAGGCAAGGCUCCUCAGCGGGAGAAGUGGGCGAGCAAGCUCGACUUUGUCCUGUCCGUGGCCGGAGGCUUCGUCGGAUUAGGAAACGUCUGGCGCUUCCCUUACCUUUGUUAUAAGAAUGGUGGAGGUGCGUUUCUCAUCCCUUACUUCAUCUUCCUGUUUGGGGGUGGCCUGCCUGUGUUCUUCCUGGAGGUCGCGCUUGGCCAGUACACCUCUGAAGGAGGGAUCACCUGCUGGGCCAAGCUCUGCCCCAUCUUCACUGGUAUUGGCUAUGCCUCUAUUGUGAUUGUAUCUCUGCUGAACAUCUACUACAUCGUGAUCUUGGCCUGGGGACUCUAUUACCUGUUUCAGUGCUUUCAGCCAGAGCUCCCCUGGGCGAAAUGCAAGCAGCCCUGGAACACAGAAUAUUGCAUAGAGGACACAGUCCGCAAGAACAAGACCAUGUGGCUAGCAGCCAACAUUACCAACUUUACCUCCCCUGUCACUGAGUUCUGGGAACGCAACGUCCUGAGCAUCUCCACUGGGAUUGAGGACAUAGGGCCUCUGAAGUGGGACCUGGCCCUGUGUCUUCUGGCUGUGUGGGUUAUCUGCUUCUUCUGCAUCUGGAAGGGAGUCAAGUCCACUGGGAAAGUGGUCUACAUAACAGCAACUUUCCCAUUUGUGAUGCUGAUUGUGCUGCUUGUGCGUGGAGUGACCCUGCCUGGGGCAUCUGAAGGGAUCAAAUUCUACCUUUACCCCAACCUGACCCGCCUACAAGACCCAGAGGUGUGGAUUGAUGCAGGAACACAGAUCUUCUUCUCCUACGCCAUUUGCCUGGGAGCCAUGACGUCCCUGGGGAGCUACAAUAAAUACAAAUACAACUGCUACAGGGACUGUUUGCUGCUGGGAGGCCUCAACAGCGGUACCAGUUUUGUGUCUGGCUUCGCAAUAUUUUCCGUCCUGGGCUUCAUGGCACAAGAACAAGGGGUGGACAUUGCCGAUGUGGCAGAGUCAGGUCCUGGCUUGGCCUUCAUUGCCUACCCUAAAGCUGUGUCCAUGAUGCCACUGCCAACCCUCUGGGCCAUCCUCUUCUUUAUCAUGCUGCUGCUCCUGGGACUCGACAGCCAGUUUGUUGAAGUGGAAGGACAGAUCACCUCCAUCGUGGAUCUAUAUCCGUCCCUCCUCAGGAAGGGUUACAGACGGGAGAUCUUUAUAGCAGUGAUGUGUUUCAUGAGCUAUCUCCUGGGACUUGCCAUGGUAACGAAAGGUGGCAUGUAUGUGUUUCAACUCUUUGACUACUAUGCAGCCAGUGGUGUGUGCCUUUUGUGGGUUGCAUUCUUUGAAUGCAUUGCUGUAGCCUGGGUUUAUGGCGUUGAUAAUUUCUACGAUGGCGUUGAGGAUAUGAUUGGCUACAGACCAAACCCAUGGAUGAAAUGGAGCUGGACCAUAAUCACUCCUGUCCUCUGCAUGGGCUGCUUUGUCUUCUCCCUGGUGAAGUACAAGCCCUUGACCUAUAACAAGGUGUAUGAGUACCCUGACUGGGCCAUCGGUCUGGGCUGGUGUUUGGCCCUGUCCUCCAUGAUCUGCAUCCCCAUGGUGAUGGUCAUCAAGAUCUUACAGUCUGAGGGACCCCUGAUCGAGAGGAUCAAAGCAGUGGCAGCCCCGGCGAAGUCAGGCGUGAGCUCUCGCCCGAAAGAAUACAACUUGAAGGGCAGUGAGCUGACACAGCCCCUGGACCCAAACGGGAACAAUGGCUUGAUGAAGCCCACCCACACCAUUGUAGAAACAAUGAUGUGAGCGCUCUCUGUGAGAGGAAUAAGAUUGAUGUGCUUUCUGUGUUAUUAUCAUAUUUGCUAACUUUGAUAAUGGUAGGUUUACAUCGUCCAGUAUAUUCACAUUAGAGGUGGUUUGAUUUCUAUGAGGAGAGUUAUAUAUUAUUGUUGUAAUUUUUUUCUCUUGUAAUUUUUUUUUUAUUUUUUACUAUAUCAAUAUUGUUGAUGUUACAAUUGUUGUUGCUGUAGUUGGCACUGAUCUCAGUUUAGGCAGUAUUUUGAAAUAGAAAAUGUUCAAUGUUUACUACCUUUCUGUUGAUUCCGGAGAUGAGAUGAGGAAUUUGCUUUUUUUUUUGUGUAAUAGAGGAAAAGAUAAAAUUCUCAUUUCACAUAAAUUUAGUAAACUAAACGAGUGAUUAACCGUGUAAAAGGUAGAAAAACAUCUAAACACCCUCACGUGAUUGCCCAAGCUAACUUCUUAUCUCGUUGUUGUUGUUCGUCCCUGCAGUGAAAAUGAAUGUACCUCUGCUAGCAGCGGAAGUGAGCCACCCACGUCUCUCAGAGUAGAAAUCCAUAACAUGUUAAGUGGCAAUAUGCAGUGUAUGGACUUAAUUUUGGUUUGCAUCCUUUAAGUUACAAGUUGAACAAGGCCUUGGCCAAAUACUGUGAGAAAUGCAUUCAUAAGAAGGUUGAUCCUCAAAAACAGAAACAUAUAACAAAAACAGCUAAGGAAGAGGAAGUAAGGAGAAAAGGGAAGUGGCAUUUUUAGAGUAUUUGUACACAGCCUGUGUGACUACUACAGUCAGUCCCAGUGCAUUUAUUGAAACCUCUCUUUGCACUUUAUACGUCGUUUCACCUUUAUUCUAGUACUUGUUUUUAUUGUUGCAGUGUAUUUGGAGUUACAUUCGCAACACAUUUCAGGAGGAAUAUUUUUAGCUUCUAACUUUUUGAUAUUGUAAACUUUGAUAUACAGUAUCUAGUUGUCUCCUUGCUAAGACAAUGACAAGAUAGAGUAGAAAUCUGACAUCAAAUAUUCUUAGUAUGAUCUGUGAGAACAUCACUUAAAAAGUAAAAUCAUUACUUUUUUUCUAAACAUCCUGACAGCUCUCUCCAUUGUGCUCAUUACAGUAGCAGAGGCGCUCUGCAGAACUACCACUGGAUUCUAGUUUCUAAUGUUCGGUUUUAGGCAUUUGUAUUGUAGGAUUUGAAUUGUUUGUAAAUCACAUAUGCCUUUUUGUAACAAUUUUAUACUGUACAUCAUAUGAACACCAUCACUUAUUAAUUCAUUUUACUGAAAACACAGCAAUUUGUUUGCUAAUAUCAAUUACACAGCAAGCCAGGAUCACAUUUUUCAGUGUGCAGUCCUCAUUGAAGGAAUGUCAUCCUCUGCUCGCUCGAAAUGCUCCGUCAAAUUUAGAAUGAUGUCACAACCUGCACAGUUAGAUACAAAAUCUGAAGCAUGUGCAGGAGCCACCACAGUACCGUGCUGCUUUGUCCGUAAAAAUCUCGGAGAUUCAAUUGUACCAAAGUAUUUUUGUCUCACAGUUGUCCCCUUUGAGAUGCACAUUGCAUCAUUUCUAUAUAGAUUACAAAUAAACAUCUUUUUCUUUGGA